AUUAAACCAAACAGAGAAAUCCUAGCGUAGUAAAUACCUAAUACGCCUUUAUUUUGCAUCGAAGAAUUCAUCAAGAAGCCACAGUUUCUCUCGGGGAAAGAAACGAAUUGCCAAUACACUGUCAAUUAUCUGAUUGGAGGAGAAUUAUCACGUGGUUCAAUUGACAGCUCUAUAUUUUUAUUCGUUGAAUAUGGAAUGUUGUAGGGUCAUAGGUCACUGAGUGUUGGAGCUUUGAAGACAUUGGUGUAUUUAUGAGUAUCGCUACAGUAUUAUCAUUUUACAUGUGAUAGUAACAUAAAUAUGUUUAAGUGAUAUUUUACUAUCGGAUGGCUGGAUUUUUUAUCGUUGUUCAAGUUGGAAUGACCAAACAUGGAAACCGCGGGAAAUAACAUACUAGCUCAUGGCGCCCUUCCAUUUUACCAGAACGGCCUGACCACAUCUGUGUCCAGCAUUCUCUCCUCUAGCCCCGGGGCUCAGGACAGCAUCUCCCGGACCACCUCCAUAGGGGCCCAGAACGGAUGGCCUUCUUACUCUACUGACAGCUCAAUCCCCCCUCACAACUCGUGCUCCAUGGCGUCGUACGGAAACCUCCAACUGGGACCCUCGUUCUCCGCCAUGAACGGGAAGUCGCCCUACAACACAUUCGCUAGUGCUGGAGCGGACUAUUUGAACUGUAGACAAAUGCAGUUAAAUCACAUGAACCUUAACGCUAUGCCCACCAUGCGGAACUACCCCCCUUUAUAUUCUGAUAUGUACCCGUCGGCCCAUUCGGCGGGGUACACGAACGGCAGCUUCUACCCGGAUAUCCCUCCCGGUCUCCCCACACUCCCCGGCCGAGAUAUAGACUGUCGGAGUGCUACUUCAGAGUCAUCCAACCAAGAGUCCAAAGGCAGAAAAAAGAGAAAACCGUACACGAGGUACCAAACCAUGGUGUUGGAGAACGAGUUUUUGAACAGUUCCUAUAUAACUCGUCAAAAACGAUGGGAAAUUUCAUGUAAACUUCAGUUAUCAGAGCGACAAGUAAAAGUGUGGUUCCAAAACCGUCGCAUGAAACGAAAGAAGCUUAACGAACGCGCUAAAGCGAGGUUGCGAGAUGGAGACGAAGGCAAGGACCAUCUGCUUCAGCAAGCUCACCACGCAGGCGCAGUACAGGCAUGAAAUGUGUACAAUACUAGUCGGACAAUGACACAGUUUCUUGACUACAUGUCGACGCAUGCGUUAAGGUCUCAAAGGAGAGGGGGUGUUCGAGUGGUUACAUAAUAUGUAGGAGUUCAAUGAUUCAGACGAUGGAGGACCGCCAAAGUGGAGUCCUUGAAACAGACGAUGCUUAUCGCCACCAUCAUCAGGGAUAUGCUCACUUCAGUGUGUUUUAUGAUUUCAGUAGCGAGUGUGUACAAGAAUAUCAUACAUGUGUAAAUAUUGUUCCUUGUGUCACGUGACCCAGUCGUAUGCUAGAACAUUUUUGUUUUUGGUCUUACAAGUCGAGUAUUAUCCAUACAUUUUUGUAGACUAUGUUAGUGAUAAAAGUAUUGAGUAUUGCAAAGUUACAUUUAUUAUUUACUAAUAAUGUUCGAUGCGUCAUUUGGUACAAUAUAAAUCGAUAAUUUUUUACGGAGUCGCCAUUAUAUUAUUUGAUAGAAAAACAAUAAUAUUCUCUGUAUUUUUAUUGUGUUACGUGCGAAUUUUUUUUACAUAUAAUUAUAUGUUUUCCAAAAAGAAAUUGAUAUCAAACAUUUAUAUUAUCAUUCUACCAACAGAAACAAAAACCAAAAAAGAAUUUUGAGGAAUGUCAGGACAACAUGCUACACCCAGUUAUAAAUUGUUUUCGCUUUAAAACAUCGAAGUUCAAUUCUAAAUACAGCCCGUGACAGUUACUUAACACGACCAGGCAACGUGUAGAAAGUGAAUUUUGUAAUCUAAAUAGAAAACUGCCGCGGGGAACGGUAGAAAAGAAAAUGUCGGACCUUACAUCUAUUUCCAUCCACCUUUACUUGUUACAAUAAAACAACAAUCUUAAAUAUACUUCGCACAUAACGUCUUUUUUCUUGUUUUUUAAAAUCUUUAUUUUUAAAUGAUGAAAAUUGAUAUAUCACAUCAACGGCUUCACGUAUUCUGGGAUAUAAUAUGUCUGGCAAUGUCAGAAUCCCUAAGCCUUCCAUUGUACAUUCUUCAUCUAUGUUUUUAUUUAUGACCGGUACAAGAUUGUACCCCCUCCAUCCCAGAUUCUUCCCGCCUGUCAGGGGAGAGGCUGGAUUCCCUUUUUUUGUUGUUACGUCUGUCUGAUUAAGUUAUACGUUUUACAAACGAACACACACUUAUAUAUAUCUCAUUGUCCCAGCUAGAGAAAUGCCCCAAUGUCUUCAAUGUUGGAGAGAUGAUGUGGGUAGUUUUCAAUCCAAAUGUUAUAUGGAAAAUAAAUGAAAUAUAAUGAAU